AUCUAUCUCUGGGUUGAGCCAUUUCGUUCUCGCGACCUUUCUGUUUCUGUUUGUGUUUGUGUUUGUGUUAAUAUUUCUAUUUCUAUCCAUCUUCUUUCACUCUCUUCCGAGGCGAUCUCUGCUUUUCCUAAGGCAAGAAUGGGUUUGUGGACAUUUCUUGAGGGGUUAUUGCUGCUUGCUAAUGCACUAGCAAUCUUGAAUGAAGAUCGUUUUCUUGCUCCAAAAGGUUGGAGCUUUACAGAGAUCGGCAAGACAAAGACAUUGAAGGGGAAGUUUAUAGGUCUUAUUUACACUAUGCAGUAUUUGAGAGUACCUCUAGUACUUCUCAAUGGCAUCGACAUCAUUUUUAAGCUUGUUUCGGGAUGAUAUCAGGUAGCAAGUCGUCAUUUCAGCAAAAGAAGACUUACAAUGCUCUCUCCUUCCUCAGAUUCGUGUAAUUGUUCCAUUUUUGGCAAUACUGUAGAAGAUGCAAGAAAGAUGUGACUCUUAAAGUAUUAAGAAGUUAUUUGUGUUGUAACAGUUAAAGGUUUAGCUUUUAGCUCGAAUUUGAAUAGAAAAACUUACUGAUUAUAUCAAGCUGAUCUCCCAAGUUUGUACAUCAUUACUACCCACUCUCUAAGCUCUAUUACUGUGUUGAAUUUUCACCGGACUUGAGUUGAUUUUGGUAUUCUCAACUGGUUGAGCUUGUGUCAAGAAAAGAAUUUUUUUCAUCUUUUAAUUA